AGUGGUCAAAGUUAAARUGGUCCCUGGGCAACACGGGAACACGCCUACAUGUGCGCGUAUACCUAUACUUAGCCACGCUUGUGAGUCACCCGCGCGCGCGUGCGCGGCAGAUCUGCCCCCCCCCUAGAGAUGAUUUCAGCGCGCUCGCUAUUCAAGUCAUGGACGGCGGGGAGCUGGGGGACCAUUAGGAGCCAAAAAAGCUAAAGAAGAAGAGGAGGAAAAGCGCUUCCUUUGCAACACACGGAUGCUGCUGCUUCACCGCGCGGAUCGGACUCACGCAUUCUCUGACACGCGGAGUUAUUACUAAUCGCUUUGGCGGAGAGGGGGGAGAGGAGGUGGAAAAAAAUCACCCUGAAUCUCGCCGUUCUACUUGACAGAAACCGCUGUGUGCCAUAUGCUCUGCAAUUUCCACAGACGCCUAUGGCAAACCAGUGGUGCUGAUGCGGCGCGUGUGAUGGUUGCAGUGGGACGGAUAUCCUUAAUUUCAUCCAAUCCGCGCUCUAAAGGGCUUUCUCUCUUUUUUUUUUUUUUUUUUUUUGCUUGUUGUUGGACGCUUCUACACCUCUUUCCGCGCUGUGACCUUAUUCAGUGCUUUAAAUAGGUAAAUGUUGAUUUUAAGGAUUCCACGAUCUCCAUUUAAUUUGGAAGAAGGAGGUUUCUUUUUCAUCUUUCUUUUUUAGUUUUAGUUUUGUUUCUUCGUUUUCCCCCCCUGUUGGUUUAUAUUUCUUUUCUUUUUUUAUUUUUUUUUCCUCUGGGAGACAGUUUUGGACUCGAUCGGCCUAUGCUGACUUGCCCGACUAAGAAUAAAAAUAAAAUAAAGCAAAUAAAAAAAACUGCAGGAUUUACUCCUCAGUCCAGAGGAACACACGGUAUAAGUCCGGGAGGCUAUGAGGCUGCUUUUCCGAGGGGUUUCCAUCCGCGCGCGUGGAAGGUGAAUGGUGGCCGCACCGCAGAUCCACGCAACUCUCCCUGAGUGGGUUUUUCGCAGGCGAGCAUCUUGACUUGUGAUCGAGAGAGAGAGACGCGGACUGCAGCAGCCUCCAGCCUCCCCCCCACCUCCUCCGCCCCCCUCCUUCCACACACCACCCCUCUUUCACAUGGAGAUUUGUGUCUCGGUCGCGCUGCAAAUCCUGAAAACGUGGACGGGGGCCCUGCUGAUUCUCCCUGUUCUGUUCUCGCCCUCGAGUCCCUUUAUUCGAGAAAAUGCAGAACACAAACACCAGAUGAACUAUGAAUGCUGAACACAAUGAUCUCCACCCUCCAGCGCCAGACAAUGAGAGGUCGUAGGCUGAAGGGGGCGCUGUCCAACCCCCUUUUUGUGCUGCUUUUGGCCCUUCAGAUCCUGGUGGUGGCUGGACUAGUUCGUGCUCAAACUUGUCCUUCUGUCUGCUCAUGCAGUAACCAGUUCAGUAAAGUCAUAUGCACUCGGCGUGGUCUACGAGAUGUACCAGAUGGCAUUUCCACCAAUACUCGGUACCUGAAUCUCCAGGAUAACCUUAUUCAGGUAAUCAAGGUGGACAGUUUCAAGCAUCUGCGCCAUCUGGAGAUCCUGCAACUGAGCAAAAAUCAUAUCCGCAGCAUUGAAAUUGGGGCUUUUAAUGGGCUAGCCAGUCUCAAUACACUGGAGCUCUUUGAUAAUCGACUGACAACAAUCCCCAAUGGAGCAUUUGAAUACUUAUCCAAACUUAAGGAACUGUGGCUAAGAAACAACCCCAUUGAAAGUAUACCAUCAUAUGCCUUCAACCGGGUUCCUUCUCUGCGAAGGCUAGAUUUAGGUGAGCUAAAACGUCUCUCCUACAUUUCGGAUGGAGCUUUCAAGGAUUUGAGCAACCUGCGCUACCUGAACUUGGGAAUGUGCAACCUUAAGGAGAUACCUAACAUUCUACCACUGAUAAGGCUUGAAGAGCUUGAAAUGUCAGGCAACCAGCUCAUUGUCAUCAAGCCCAGCUCCUUCACAGGAUUACUGAACCUUCAAAAGCUGUGGAUGAUGCAUGCCCAGAUCCAAACUAUUGAGAGAAAUUCCUUUGAUGAUCUCCAAUCACUGGUGGAGCUGAACCUGGCUCACAAUAACCUGACCUUUUUACCACAUGACCUCUUUACACCAUUGCAUCGUCUCGAAAGAGUCCACCUACACCACAACCCUUGGAACUGCAACUGUGACAUUCUGUGGCUCAGCUGGUGGCUUAAGGAAACAGUACCUGCCAAUACCAGCUGCUGUGCGCGUUGUUUUACUCCUUCAGCCUUUAAAGGUCGCUAUAUUGGAGAACUGGAUCACAGCUACUUCCAGUGUGAYGUUCCUGUUAUUGUAGAGCCACCCAGUGACUUGAAUGUGACUGAGGGCAUGGGUGCUGAGCUUAAAUGUCGCACAAGCUCACUGACCUCUAUCUCUUGGCUCACACCAAAUGGCUCUUUGGUGACACAUGGAGCUUAUAAGGUGCGUUUGUCUGUACUUAAUGAUGGGACACUAAAUUUUACUAGUGUAACAAUGCAGGACACUGGAACUUACACGUGUAUGGUUAGCAACACAGCAGGCAACAUUUCUGCUUCUGCUGUGCUUAAUGUUACGUCAGUGGAAAAUAGCGGAGUGACUUAUUUUACCACUGUCACUGUAGAGAUGAUUGGGAACCCGGGGGAAGAAAGCCAAACAUCUCUUCCCCCAUUUGAAUGGAUACCAUCUUCAACUACAAAGGGUACUCCUGUUUCAACACGGACCACAGAACGGACUUACACCAUCCCAGUUCAGGAUCCGAACGGAGAGGGAGCCCUCAACGGUCUGGAUGAGGUGAUGAAAACCACCAAGAUUAUCAUUGGCUGCUUUGUGGCCAUUACACUUAUGGCUGCUGUUCUGCUGGUCAUUUUCUACAAGAUGAGGAAGCAGCAUAACCAACAGGACCCUGAUGGCCCUGCCUCCUCCAUGGAAGUCAUUACUGUUGAAGAAGAGCUUGCAGGUGUUGCCGCUAUGGAGAGACAUCUAUCGCUCCCUCCACUGGAGCACUACAACCACUACAACACCUACAAGAGCACUUAUCACCACCCUCCUAUGCUCAGUACCAUACACAGCUCAGCCACACAGGAACCUUUACUUAUUCAAGCUUGCUCAAAAGACAAUGUCCAAGAGACCCAAAUCUAACCAUAAAAUUGACUACAUGCCCAGUAAUAUCAGUUUAAAACUUGGAAUACAAUGAAUCAAAAUAUGAAGAUUAAAGAAAAAAGAUGCUGUUGACUUGACAGUUGAUCUUGACUAUGGCACUUAAUCAGCAUUUGGCAAAGGAACAACAUCAGAUGUUUUAAAAAAGGGUCUUUACAAAAAACAAGAUUAUUUAUUAAAAUAUGUCUAGUGGCUUAAUGAAGAAAAAACGAUUUGUGAUAGCUUUUUAGCUUGAUUUAUUUCUCUAUGUGUAAUACUGCUUAAGGGAAAGAAUGGUUUAUUAAAUGUGAUGAUUCUAAAUGGUAAUGAAUGCAGCUAGUAAACCAAUAUAGGUUUGGGUUUUAUGCUAAGAUGAAUGCAGUGCCAGGAAAAAAAAUAUUUUCAAUAUACUAAGAGAACAACACAACUUGGUGGAGGACUUUGCUUAAACCUUUAUUUGAAACUUUUAGUCAGCAGACUACAUUUAAUAGGAAGUAACUUCACAAAACAUCAAACAAGAAUGCAGGGAUAGUUCCCUCACCAACAUAUUCCAGCUGCCACUCAAGAUAAGAUUAGAUCUUUUAAUGACACAGUUCUGGAUUAUAUCACAGUGAAACCAGCAUGCCUGCAGAGCAAAGCUGGCAAAUGAGUAAAUGCGCAUUUCCCCCGUGGCUCCUAAACAACAGCCAUACAUCCUUCACUUUAAUUAAGAUUAAGGUCUCGUUUCAACUCCCCCUCCUCACAUUUCUCUAGACUCUUACCCUUAACCAUUUUUCUUUUGAUCUCUUUUUUAUGUAUCUGAAUUAUCCAUUAUCUCUGUCAAUAUUUGCCUUGUUUUUUCUUCACCCUGUUUCUCCUUGAUUCCUUCAUCUGUCUUUGUUUCUCUGUCACUGGGCUCAGGCACGUUCCUCACCCAUCAUCGUAUCUCAUUUGUCUCGCUUUACCUGCUUGUGAAUGCCACACUGAGGCAGAAUAUUUCUUAGCAAAAUGAAGGGUAGCAUAAGGUUGUGCUCUGUAGCCUCGCUGUUAACCUGGUAAUGAUGUACGUCCACUCUGUGUUGCAGCACCUUGCUAUCACCCCAGGGUCACACAAGCCCAGGCGCUGAUAGUCCAUCUGUUAGUACAGAUAAAAAGGCAAAUGAGGCUGCUUUGUAAUGUAGUGUGACCCUGUCAGACGAACGCAGAUGGGGCUAACAUACUCAGUGAGGCAGCUAGGAACCUGCAACAAAAUAGAAGAAGAUGGUUUAUAGCUCAUUAAUCUGUAUCAGCAGUUCAUUUCCCGACUAACAGAGGAAAGCUGAUAAGAAAGCAGCAUGAGACUUUGUGCCCAACAUCUCACAGGGGGUAGAGGCCUUUGAUAUUGAAGCGACCCCUGCUUAGUCUAAUUUUUGGCAGAGAAAAAAAAACAGACGCAGACACUUUGAUGCUGCAUCGUUUAUGGAUCAUCGAAUCAUUGUCUCUUUUUCAGUCUGUUUACAUGCUGUGUUUUUCUUUUGUAUUCUGUUGUUUAGUUAGUUUUCCAACAAUGAAGGCUUAUGCAAGUGGAUAAUAAGGAUGAAAAGGGGAGAACAGAGGUUGGAGACCGAAAGCCAGCAUUGGUCAUGAGGGGUCUUCAAACAAAGAUAUUGCAGAUAUGAGGAGAGAGAAGUGGAAAAAUAGAUAAGGAAUAAGGACGCAAACUAGCCAUCAGCAUGUCGCCAUGGAAACAGUGACCUUGUGCAGAAAGCAAGAAGAGGUAGAUAUGCCUUUUGCUUUGGUCUCUGUGCAACAAGCAUAUUUUAAUUCCCCACUGGCAAAUUCCAGUCCUGGUUGUCAACCAAAAGUGACUUAAUGGAAUGCAUUUUUACAUUUAAUUUGGAUGAGACAUGACCCAAACAUGGCAUCACAUUGAGCUUCUUUAGUAAAACCAUUUUAUAUUAUUGUUGACUUUCAAAUCAAUCCAUCCAUCCAUCCAUCCAUCCAUCCAUCC